AUGCAGACCCCCAGCCAUGAAUCCAGCCUCGACCUAGCGCCGCAGUCCUGCCAAUCCUGCAGGUCGCGCAAGAGGAAAUGCGACAAGGCACUACCCAGAUGCUCACUCUGCGCUAAACGCAAUCGAAAUUGUGAAUAUAGGAGACCAGAGGCGCUCAGUCACUCGGCUACCGCUUUAAGCCUGGAGCGAGGAUGCUACCCCGCUCCCCUAGAAGAGCAGGCAGAUGUUCAGACUAUUGACUUUCCGACCAUCUUGUUUCUUGAUCCCGCUCUACUACAGCACGGCGUAGUGGAGACUUCACAUACGGCAGGGACUGUCCCGCAGUAUAUUUUACAACUACUAGGCGAUUUGGAUGAAAUCCAGCUCACGGCAACGCGGUUUUUCGAGCAUAUUCAUCUCUGGAUGCCGUUCAUCUCGAAGAAGCGGUUCUACGACUUGUACCUGCAGCCUUCACUCCACUCGCGGCCCGAUGUUGUUCUCCUUUUAUUGGCACUGAAGCUCAUCACUACCUUCCCGUCGGCUGGGUCUCGUAGUCCCCGGACAGCCUUGUAUAACUCAACUAAACAUUAUUAUCUAGAAGUGGAAAGGUCUUUCUCUAUUUUAGUACUACAAGCUGGAGUUCUUGUUGCUCUUUAUGAACUAGGACACGGGAUCUACCCGGCCGCAUUCCUGUCGAUCGGGACCUGUGCGAGGUAUGCCCAUGCCUUAGGUAUUAAUGUCAGUCGCACGGUGCCGACUAGGAGAGUGCUCACUUUGGUGGAGGUUGAGGAGCGACGGAGAGUCUGGUGGGCUAUUGUCAUUUUAGACCGGUUCGUCGCUGUUCACCGUGAGUCCUUUAAUUUGGAUACUAAUAACAAAAAGCUUUGUGAGCAUCGGCUGUCCAGGACGGCCCUUUGCAACUGCAGAUCCAAAAUUGGAUGA